CGCCCCAGCGCCCGUCUGCUUGCUUUGCCUGACGGGAAAGAGAGUCCCUGGCCGCGCGCAGAGGGUCUGUGACGGCGCACGCGCGGAGGGGCGCCUGCCUGCCUCGCCUGUGGUAAACAGAGUGCCGCCGAGGCGGCGGGCUGCUCUCGUGGCUCUGCGCUCGGCUGGGGAGCGGCGAGGCCGCGGCGGCGGGCGCAAAAGCGAGCAGCGAGCCCGGCCGGGGGAAGGGGCGCGGCGUCGGCCCCGGAGCUCCGUGGGCGCUUCCCCGCCGGGCGCCCCGACCUGAGGCGCUGAUGUGGCGGCGCUGAGGGCGGCGGGAGAGGCGGCAGCGGCGCCAUCAUGGCGGAACCGGCCGGGAGCCCCCAGGCGACCGAGUCCUCCUCCUCCUCCUCGUCGCUGGCCGCUCUGGACCCGGAGUUCCCCCCGCAGAGCCGCCCGCGCUCCUGCACUUGGCCGCUGCCCCGGCCCGAGCUGGUGGCCGUGGUCGAGCCGGAGCCCGGGGAGGCGGCGGCGGCCAGCCCCGAGGAGCCGGCGGGCGGCGGCGGCGGCGAGGCCCCCGGGGCGGCGGGGGCCGCGCGCAAGGGCGGCGGGGGCGGCGCGGGGUCCGGCGGGGCGCGGCGCAACGCCUGGGGCAGCCAGUCCUACGCCGACCUGAUCAGCCAGGCCAUCCAGAGCGCGCCCGACAAGCGGCUGACCCUGGCGCAGAUCUACGAGUGGAUGGUCCGCUCGGUGCCCUACUUCCGCGACAAGGGCGACAGCAACAGCUCCGCCGGCUGGAAGAACUCCAUCCGGCACAAUCUCUCCCUGCAUAACAAGUUCAUCAAAGUGCACAAUGAAGCGACCGGGAAGAGCUCUUGGUGGAUGCUCAAUCCCGAAGGCGGCAAAAGUGGGAAAGCCCCGCGGAGAAGAGCGGCCUCCAUGGACAACAGCAGCAAGCUGGCCAAACUCCGUGGGAAAACGCACAGGAAGAAGCCGGCCAUGACGGCUGCUCCAGAACCGACGUCCGACAGUCCCGUCUCCCAGUUUCCCAAAUGGCCGGGCAGCCCUUCCUCCAGGAGCAACGAGGACUCGGAGGUGUGGACCAGUAUCCGGCCUCGGACCAGUUCGAAUGCCAGCAGCGUGGGGCUUUCCUCGGUCCUGGCCGAGCAGGAGGACCUUGCUGACGAGGAGCUCCUGCCCACCCUCGUCUACUCCAGCGCGUCCAGCAACGUGCCUCCCACAGUGACGGAGGAGCUGGAGCUCAUCGAUGGCCUGAACCUGAUGUCGGCUAGUUCCUCAUCCUUGCUGGCCACUCAGCAGCCGGUGUCCAGCGGGGCGGCCCAGAGGAACCCCACCUUCCCCUUGCGAGCCCCCAGCUCUGCUGCUCAGGCCUCCGGCUCGUUUGGCAGCUCCCUUUUCAGCCCCAUGGAUCACCUGCUGCCCAGCUCCACCGGCCAUUUCUCACAGUCGCUGGAGGAGCUCCUCACAUCCAACUCGCCACCAGCCAGCGAUGUGAUGAUGACCCAGGUGGACCCAAUUCUCCCGCAGAGCGGAAGCAGGAUGAACAGUCAGAGUUUCCUGCUUCUGGGGGACCAGCCCUCCAAGCCCAAGAUGAGCCUGGGAAGUCUGCUCAGAAAACCUUUGGAGCAGCAGCUGGAGUCCAUUGGUGCCACCGGGCUGCCCUCCGCCUUUACCAUGGCGGCCUCUUCUCAAAGCCCCGUUGGCCUUUCUGCUUUGAAGACGUCGGGCUCAGCACAGUCUGCCCAGAUGAGCCAGAUGGGCACCCAGCCCUCUCUGUCUGCUACUUUCCCGGCCUUUGAUGGGAAUCAGGAUAAGCUGCCCAAUGAUUUGGAUGUGGAUAUGUACAUGGAGGACCUUCAGUGUGAUGUGGAUUACAUCAUCAGCACCGACCUCAUGGAUGGAGAAGGGCUGGAUUUCAACUUUGAGCCCAUUCCGUCUACUCCGAGUUACCCGAGCACGUCACAGGCUUCCAAUCACAGUUGGGUCCCCAGCUAACUUCCUAUGGACAAAGUGCCCUUCUGCUGCAGGAGCUUUACACACCCAGAAGAGUCUGGAAUGCCAGGAGCUCUGGUGCCCGCCUUGGCCUUGCAUGUGGGCUGGGCACGAGAGCCGGCUGCCACGGGAAGAGAGCGAUCUGUCCAGUGCCAUGUCUUUUCAUGAAUCCAGCAUACGCCUUUCUCCCAACAGAAGCCUUGGAGAGCGCUUCGCCGGGGCCAGACCUUUCCUGCCCCGAAGAAGUCUUUUCAGACAGAUGUGCUUCAGGCGCAGCCACAAUAGGUCUGAAUUCACCAGCCAAUUUCUGCCUCAUCUGUCAUUUGACUCGGUACACUACGCCUUGGUGGAUGCGAAGAGGAUCAGCCAGUCUCGGGGCUGCUUGAGUGGAGAGCCCUGUCCUUUGUGCACUUGUCCUGCUUGAGAGUAGCAGGUGGGGAGGGGGCAAGCUGUCCUAGGGAGCGAGGAGAUCACCUGGCUUGAUCGUGACAGUCCUGGCCGAGAGCCCUUCUGGAAAUGCAGGCCUGGCCCCGCCUGGCCCUGGCCCAGGUCACGACAGAAAGCACUUCCCUGACAGGUGUGGCUGCCCUCAGGCAGGCAAGCAGGUGCUAAAAGCUGUUGCUGAGAAACCAAAACGCCUUCUCUGGGUUUGUCUCUGUGCUGCAGUAGAGCAAUAGGAAACCCGGAUCUGGCCUUAACCAGA